AAAGGCCCGAAAAUUUUACAAUCCUGGUCACCAAAUGUACGGCCGAAAUACUGUAUGGUCGAUUUUGACGAAAAAGAAAUCACAGCUCUGGAAGAGGUCUUUCCUGGAACAAGUGUAUUCCUCUGUGAUUUCCAUCGUGAGCAAGCAUGGACACGAUGGACGUCGAAAGCAGACAACGGUGUGGCUGCGUACGCCGACGAUGUGAAAGUCCGUUUAAGACGCAUUGAUCACGCAUCCGAAAAAAAUGAAAUAGAAACAGCUUUAUCGGAUUUUAUGCGGUGGGAACGGUACACAGGAAAAUUGCGCAAUUGGUUUUCGAACACGUGGCGACCAGAAAUCAAAAGAUGGGCUGUUUACUACAGACCAAUUGACUUAAUGUUAACAAAUACUAACAACGGGACAGAGAGAUUGAAUCGAGAACUGAAAUCUGAACAGCUAAAUGAUUAUAGAAAGUGUUCUUUAAGCGAAAUGCUGACUGUCGUCAUUGAUGAUUUCUUGCCAGAUUUGUAUAACCGAUAUGUGGAAUUGAACGUACGCUACUCGAAUAAACACAAAAAGUACGUUACUGGAUUGCCGGCUUAUUUAGAAAAUCGGCCAAAGAAUAUCGUCAACCACAUCUUGGCUCGUCAGGGGGCUGUGGAUCAAGAAAUGGUCGAAUCAGUAUGUCAUGUAAGUAACAGCGUUUUUACAGUGCAAAGCUCUGUGCAAUAUACUGUCGAGAAGAAAACCUAUCGAGUAGAUUUCGGUGACGAAAACACAACAUGUAGCUGCACUUGUCCGGACUUCAAACGUAAUCGCAUGCUCUGCAAACAUUUCUGCAGUGUUAUAAAAUCUGGUAAAAGACAAUUCGAAGAUUUAUCACCACUCUUUUCCAAACAUGUCUGGACAACCCUGGAUGAAGAGUUAUUUCAAUGCACAUCUACUAUCACAAUAACAACCAACUCUUCACCAACAGAAAACUCGCCGCUAACAACCAAGUCGCCAACACCAAUGGACAGUACCGAACAUACAGACGUACCGCAGCAGGAGAAUGAUUAUAGUAGUAAAGUAAGUAAAUUUGAGACCCCUGUGAUUAUUACAGCUAAUCAUAAUAUACACACAUACAGAAACAGUCUCAAAGAAAGUCAAAUAAGUUUGAGAGUAAAAUUAAAAGAAUUUUACAACUUAACAUAUCUUGUGAAGGACGAGGAGCUGUUGAGAUCAUACACCACUGAAAUUACAGCAUUAUUGAAUUCCGCAAAAACAACUCUUCAAACAGCACAAAAGGCAAAUUUAAUACAAAGUUCGCCUAAUUUGAAAAGGAGAGCCAGUGCAUCUAUCUCCAGACCAUCAAUUGCUCCGAAAAAGUUUAAAAAGUCAUUUUCGAUAAACAAAAAACUCCCAUACUCACAUAGAAUUGGUCAGAGGGCCAAGAUGAUGCGUCAACUUUACAGGGCAAAGAUUUUCAUCACAGAUAAGAAUACUGUCGGUGUAAAGACAACGGUUGUAUGUGAUUUACAAGAUAGAGCGGUUCAUGAUGAACAGGUGACCGCUGGUUCUACUGAUCAUGAUCUUGUAGAAACGCAUUUCGUUCCGCCAAACAGAAAUCGAAGAGAAAGAUGCAGGAUGUCAGCAAGAAUGUCAGAAGAAAUCAAGAAUGAUAUUUUAAAUGGUCAUAGACUGCGAGAUGAUGCAAUCAAUUUAUGCCAGAAAAUAUUGAAGUUGCAGUUCCCUUUAGUGAACGGGUUCGAAGAUACCGAUUCUGGUGAAAAGGGAUGGUUCAGUCAUCACAAAGAAAAUUUUGCACAGAUACUAUUUCAUGCAGAUCACUGGACUGCUGUGUUUUCCUUGGAUGAUAAAGAGAUAUAUUAUUGCGACUCACUUGCUGGAAGAAUUGCUGAAGCGGUAUGGAAGCAGAUAGCCGAUAUCGCAUUCACUUCAGAAAGCACCUUAUCUGUUAACAUUUCUCCUGUCCAUCAACAAAAAAACUCUAUUGAUUGUGGAGUUUUUGCCGUAGCUCAUGUUCAUGGCUUUUUGCAGUAAAUGCGAGGAAUGGUAUCACAGAAAGUGUGUGUCCAUUCCUUUAAAAGUAUUUAAAAACGAUGACGAGGCUGUUAAAUGGAAGUGUGGAAAGUGUUAAUGUUUAUUUAAAACAGUGUAUUUCUCUUUCUUAUCAUUAUGAUUUUACUAAGCGUUUUUUAUAUAUUGUUUUUUUAUUUACAUUUUACAUACUUUUUUUUAAAAAAAAAAGAUAAAAUGAUG